AAAAAGUCCAUCCGUGAAAUUUCCUUGUUACUAAAUAUUUCACGGUCAACUGUUAGUGGGAUUAUAACAAAGUGGAAGCAACUGGGAACAACAGCAACUCAGCCAUGAAGUGGUAGGUCAUGUAAAAAUGACAGAGCGGGGUCAGCGCAUGCUGAAGCGCACAGUGCGCAGAAGUCACCAACUGUCUUCAGAGUCAAUAGCUAAAGAUCUCCAAACUUCAUGUGGCCUUCAGAUUAGCUUCAUGGAAUGGGUUUCCAUGGUCGAGCAGCUGCAUCCAAGUUUUACAUAACCAAGUGCAAUGCAGAGAAGUGAAGAUG